GCCCCAUCCCCCGCCCCUAGUGUCCGACCUGCUGCAGCCGAGCUGGGGGAGCGGAGCAUGGGGGGAUGGGAGCGGGACAAGCGACCCGGGAGACAGCGGCACCGCGGCCUCUCCCCACCAGGCGGCCCUGGAUCCUACUGGACAUCCUGAGGGCGUACCGACUGCGCCUCUAGAGUCACCCCGCGACCACCCCUCCCCUCUUUAGACUUCUACCCGCCUCGCCUUUACCCUUCCCACCCAUUCCUGCCACCCAUUCCUGGGCUCCGGACCGCCGCCCUCUCCUCUCUCUGGAACCGGCCCUUCUCGGCGCCCCUCUUCCCUAGGGAGAUGCGAUGAGCCGGUGCCCCCGCGCCCUCAUUGCCGCCCCGGGCACAGUGCCCAUCCUGUGCCCGUGGUGGGGAGGGAGCACCCCGAAGUCCCUCCGUGACGCCCCUCCCGUGGGCGCCCCAGCAGCUGGCGUCCCUGGGCGAUGUCCCGGGGGACCCAGCCAGGGGGCGGGCUCUAGAGCGAGGGGGGUGGAGAGGAGAAAGAACCCGGCCUUGGGUGCCUCUGAGAUGCUCCCAAGCGCCAGGGGGGGCCGAGCGAGGUGCAAGCAACCGGGCGGCAGGCAUGAUGCCCUCGCCUAGUGACUCCAGCCGCUCGCUAACCAGCCGUCCCAGCACUCGGGGCCUCACCCACCUCCGCCUCCAUCGACCCUGGCUGCAGGCCCUUCUCACGCUGGGGCUGGCCCAGGUUCUCCUGGGUAUCCUGGUGGUAACCUUCAGCAUGGUGGCCUCCUCUGUCACCACCACUGAGAGCAUCAAGAGGUCCUGCCCAUCUUGGGCUGGAUUCUCGCUGGCGUUCUCCGGGGUGGUUGGCAUUGUGUCCUGGAAGCGGCCAUUCACUCUAGUGAUCUCCUUCUUUUCCUUGCUUUCGGUGCUCUGUGUCAUGCUGAGCAUGGCUGGCUCUGUUCUCUCCUGUAAAAAUGCUCAGCUGGCCCGGGACUUCCGAGACUGCUCCAUGGAAGGAAAGGUCUGUGUGUGCUGUCCCUCUGAUCCCCUACCUCGGCCCUGUCCAGAGUCAGGGCAGGAACUGAAAGUUGCCCCUAACUCCACUUGUGAAGAAGCCCGAGGUGCCCUCAAGAAUCUGCUCUUCAGUGUUUGUGGGCUCACCAUUUGUGCCGCCAUAAUCUGUACUCUCUCUGCUAUUGUCUGCUGCAUCCAAAUCUUCUCUCUGGACCUCGUGCAUACGCAGCUGGCCCCUGAGCGCUCUGUCUCAGGCCCCCUGGGGCCUCUGGCCUGUACAUCCUCGCCUCCAGCCCCUCUCCUACACACCAUGCUGGACUUGGAGGAAUUUGUACCACCUGUGCCCCCACCGCCCUACUAUCCUCCAGAGUAUACCUGCAGCUCAGAAACAGAUGCACAGAGCAUCACGUACAAUGGCUCCAUGGACAGUCCAGUACCUUUGUACCCUACUGAUUGCCCCCCUUCUUAUGAGGCCGUCAUGGGACUACGAGGAGACAGCCAGGCUACUCUGUUUGAUCCUCAGCUUCAUGAUGGCUCCUGUAUCUGUGAGCGUGUGGCCUCAAUUGUAGAUGUGUCCAUGGACAGUGGGUCCCUGGUGCUGUCAGCCAUCGGUGACCUCCCGGGCGGCUCUAGCCCUUCAGAGGACUCGUGCCUGCUGGAGCUGCAGGGCUCCGUGCGCUCCGUCGACUACGUGCUCUUCCGCUCCAUUCAGCGCAGCCGCGCGGGCUACUGCCUCAGCCUGGACUGCGGCCUGCGAGGCCCCUUCGAGGACAGCCCCCUGCCUCGGCGGCCCCCACGGGCUGCCCGCUCCUAUUCCUGCUCUGCCCCGGAGGCCCCACCCGCCCUGGGUGCCCCAACCACAGCCCGCAGCUGCCACCGGCUGGAGGGCUGGCCACCCUGGGUGGGACCCUGCUUCCCCGAGCUGAGACGACGGGUCCCCCGGGGAGGCAGCCGCCCAGCAGCGGCCCCUCCCACGCGAGCCCCCACUCGCCGCUUCAGCGAUAGCUCAGGUUCCCUCACCCCACCGGGGCACCGGCCUCCUCAUCCGGCUCCCCCGCCACCGCUGCUGCUGCCACGGUCCCACAGCGACCCGGGCAUCACCACCUGCAGCGACACUGCUGACUUCAGGGACCUUUAUACCAAAGUGCUUGAGGAAGAAGCUGCCUCUGUUUCCUCUGCAGACACAGGGCUCUGCUCUGAAGCCUGCCUCUUCCGCCUCGCCCGCUGCCCUUCCCCCAAGUUGCUGCGUGCCCGCUCAGCUGAGAAACGGCGCCCUGUGCCCACCUUCCAGAAGGUUCCCCUCCCCUCAGGCCCUGCACCUGCUCACUCUCUGGGAGACCUAAAAGGAAGCUGGCCAGGCCGGGGCCUGGUCACUCGUUUCCUCCAGAUGUCCAGGAAAUCCCCAGACCCCACGGGCACUGGAGCUCAUGGACAUAAGCAGGUGCCCCGGAGCCCAUGGGGCCGGCCAGGCCGAGAAAGCCUCCACCUCCGCAGCUGUGGUGACCUGAGCUCUGGCUCCUCUCUGCGGCGCCUCCUGUCUGGCAGGAGGCUGGAGCGUGGGACGCGCCCCCACAGCCUCAGCCUCAACGGGGGCAGCAGGGAGACUGGGCUCUGACCUGGGUUUCCUGUUACACUGAACAGAUCCAGAUGAAUACUGGGGCCACAGGUACCAGCUGGUUGGGACCAGCAGCCCCCAGCACCCUCUUGCAUUGGCUGGCGCGCGCACACACACACACACACACACAAUAAAAACCCCAAAACCCGCUAUAUAUCCCCAGAAGUGUCUCUUUCCCUCUGCCUUUGGGGCUCCUGCUGCUUGCUUCUGCCCCUUUGGACUGGGAGAGCUUCUGUCCUGUGCUGCAUGGUAUUCAGGCUGUCAGGGGGAUGCCCCUGCUUACAGCAUCGGAGGAGGAAAAUUAAUAAACUCCCUCCAGCUCAACAGUGACUGAUUCUCAGGGGCACUCUGGUCAGGGAAAAAAAUGUGUCCUGGGUGUUUAGGUAGAGGGGAAUCUGUGCCUGUGUGAUGGGGUGAUGAGGUGGGCAACGAAGAGCCAGAAAUCUAGGUGACCUCUCAGCUCUGCCACCUCUAGCUGCAUGACCUUGGGCAAGUUACUUAACCUCAAUUGCCUGAUCCAUAAGACAUUGUGAAGAUGAAUGUUUGUAAAGCUCUUAACACACAAAGUAAGCCUUCAAUAAAUUUCAAUUUCCCCCUUC